AUGAAUUUUGCUUACAUCAAUUACCUUUUGCUUUUUGCAAUUAUGAUGGUUACGUUCACACGGAUGUGGACAAAUGAAUCGAAUGUUAACAGCGUGAGAUUAAAUGGUGCCAAUGGAAACCCUCAACAGUAUUUAAAACAUGUUUCGAGCUUGGUAAAUUAUGUGGCUGAUUCGUUAGAUACUUUUGGGGGUUCUACAAGACCAUACGAAGAUGGCGGGAAAUCUCAGUGCCAUUUGGGAAGCUGUAAACACCAUUCAAAUCUAUAUGCUAAGACAGUACAACAAAAUGAUAAAUAUCAAAUCAUACCAACUAAAAAUCAACUAAUAUACUACAACAAAAGCAAAUUGGAAAAAUUCCAAUUUCAAAAAGUAUUCGAUGACAAUACAACUCAGAGUUCAAUUUUCGAACAUGUGGCCGUUCCGAUACUAGACAAGUAUUUAUCUGGUACGAAUGGCACCAUCUUUGCAUAUGGACAGACUGGUAGUGGUAAAUCCCACACUAUUUAUGGAUCCCGAGAAGACGAAGGUAUAAUUCCAAGAUCUUUGAAAUACUUAUUUGACAAUAAGUUAUCAAUUCAAUCCACAGACGAACGUAACAUAUUCUCAAUGGCAUACUUUGAAAUUUACAACGAAACGGUAUAUAAUUUAUUGAAAUCGCCAAAAAAUAGGAAGAAAUCAAAUGUUAACUUUAACAAUCUGGGACCUGAUAAUGCUGUACGUUUCACGGUCGAUAAAAACGGAGACGUUACAUUCAAAAACCUGAAUAUUAUAAGGAUCAAAAACGUGUCUCAGGCGUUUAAGCAGUUGAUAUCAGGCAAUACUAGACGGCAAGUUUCAUCGACCUUCCUUAACCAUAAAUCAAGCCGAUCACACUGCAUAUGUAGAAUUGAGUACGUCAACUGGAGGAAAGGAGAGAAAUCGAACAAGACAGUUCUAAAUUUGGUGGACUUGGCAGGCUCUGAAUGCAUUUCGAAACUAAACAACGACAAAAAGACUAUCGUCGAAUCCAAAUACAUAAAUUUAUCCCUGAUGCAUCUGCAUCAGGUCGACUUAAACGGUGAUGACGAGGGACAUUCUGUGAAUUGUGAGCCCCAGACCGUAGUCGUACACAAUGACGACUCGGCGGAAGGCAUUAUUGCUGAUAAAGAAUCUGGUGAAAAUAGCUGUAUGGAGCUCGUUCUCGUGAACAAAAAUUGUGGUGACCAGAUGACCAAG